UUGAUCUGUGUGCACAAAUAUUAUUUUUAUAAAAGAGAAAAGUCUACAUAAAAACUAAAAAUGAACCGUUACAGUAUUCUAUAUAAAGAAAACUCGUCUAUGUUGAGUUCGGUUGAGCAUAAUCGUACAAACCGUGAAUUACAGAAUGCGAACCGAGCUGAGAAGCGCAGGCAAAUUUUCGCAAGUGGCCGUAAUCUCAAUGUCAGCCCGACACCUAAAAAGUCAAUCGAAUCGAAGGAACAAAAAGUCCACUUGGAAAACGAAAAUUUGCAAAAAAUCGAAAAUAAAGAGAAUAUGGGGGAUGUAGGAAACAACACAAAAUGUUGUGAAGUAAAAAGUGCGGAUCAAAGCGUUUGUAAUAAGUCUCGAAUUGCAUUGGCGGUAUCGGGGAAAGUCAAUCCUAAAAAGGCAACGCGACAAGAAAUGUAUUUAUUAAGAUUUAUUGAAUGGAAGGAAGCUCAAAAACAAAAAGAAAAGAAGAGAGAGCACAAGAAGCCACCAUUUGUUCCUAGUGGAGGGAUUAGCGGUAGUGGAUUUGGUAGUUCAAAAGCAUCAGUAGUAUCAAAUAAAGUUAAAAGCAAAGAAGUUGCUUCAUUUGUGCCAAAAGAUUAUCAUAAUUUCAAGCCGCCAGCAGGGUUAAAAAAUCCCCUGGUAAAAAUGACUCCCGCGAUGAAAGAUGUGCUCGGAAAGGACCGGCAAUCAUUUUAUACUGUUGUUCCCACACCGCCAAGGGAUAAAAAGGAUAAUACAACAAAAGUAGACAUAAAAAAAACACCUGCACUUAACAAAACUCCGGCUGUGUCUAAAUUGGCGGGCGUUACUUCGGUAGUGAUGCCAGCCGCAUCUGCAAUGAAAUCAACAAAAACGGCUACAACCUCAAGGUUAGCUAAUACCAAUAGUACAAAAGCUGUGAAAGCGACAGCAGUACCACCAAGUACAGGGAAAGUUUCGACUGCAGUUAUAGAGCCUAGUAAAAAAGCCCUUAGUCGCGCACUAGCAUAUCCUCUUUGUGCAAAAACUCCAGCAUCACAAAAACAAAAAGCAAUUUCAAAUGUAGAUAUUAAGUUAACUUCAAAAGAACCUUUAAAAAAAAAUCCAUCUGCCAACAACAAAAAUGGUGAAAAUGCCAAACAAUUUAAAAAUCGUUUAGAUAGUGCAUUAGCAUUUGCACGUCCUCAUCCACCAAAAGUUACAAGAACAAUAUCACGAAAACAGCUGACCCGACCUAAAGGUAUUGGAACAAGCACAGCCGCAAACAUACCUAAACCUAGAACAACUGGUGGAAGCACCGGUGCUGUAGGAAAAGCACAUCUGCUGCAAAAUAAACAAACUGCAGUUGGUGCGACCGAACGUUCAAAAGCAGAAUGUAAUGUCAAACUUGCUACAAGCCUAAAGGCAAAGAAGGCACAAAUUUCAACAUUAAAUCGCCCUAACGCACCUAAUAAAAUUGCCAUUAAAAGUAAGGCCACACUUGGCGGGGCGCGCAUCAGUGCGGCUUUCGCAAUUGCUGAAACACCAACUGAUUUGUUAAACAUCAAUCCAUUUGAGCCAAAUGCUGCAUCAACGCGUGUAAAAUCGCCUUUGCCACACACUUCUAAAAAACCUAAUAUCAGUUUCGUUAAUUCUAAAACCGCCAAUGACAAAAAUAAUGUGGUAUCUCGCCAAAAUAUCCGAGCACAUAGUUCAUCUUCGGCGAAGCGUACACUGAUACAGCAGCAAAAAAAACCGGAUGGAACUAAACAAACAAGUAAAUUCAACUUCGUACGUUAUUCUGGUGGUUUGUCGGAAUUCGAUAUGAGCAGCGAAAUUGAAGAAGAUGGCGUAAAUAAUGAAGAGAUAGAAAAAAUAAUGGACGAUGGCAAAUCCACUAGCCAAACUGAAGAAAAUACAGUUUUGGAAGCGCAGCUCAAAGACUCGGUUGAUCAAGAUAAUUUGACUUUGCUUCCCGAAAGUGAAACAAAUCAGGAGUUGGCUCAGGUAAAGACUCCUCCUUCGGCCGAAACGGAACGUCCGAUAAAUUAUAUUGGCUCGUUUGUAGCAGUUUCGCGUGGCAAAGUAAGCGCUCGUAAAGAGCGCGAAAAACGCGAUAGUGUUUACAUACCGAGCGCCAAUGAAAACGGAACCUUACCAGCUGCAGCAACAACAACACCUAUUAAAAAUGCAGAAGCUGCACCCCAAACUACAAUUGCUACGCCUGUUAGUCUUGAGUCCAGGCGAAUACUUGAAGCGGUACGCUACUUUCGACAACAACUCAGCAACGAAAUCGAGCGCUUACAUGCAUUAUGCAACCAAUGGGAGGAAUAUCAAAACCAAAACACACUACUUCUGCGGCAAACUGGCGGGGAUGACAUGAUUAAUGUGACUGUCGGUCAAACGAAAUUGCUAACAAGCAAAAAGUUUCAACAGUUCAAGGGACUAAUAGAUCGCUGCGAAUGCCGAGCUAGAGGAACGGCAGCGGCCGAUGAUGGAAGCGAAAAUACGAAACCAAUUACAGACGUAGACUUAGAAGGAUUUUGGUCCAUGCUCAACUUACAGGUGGACAACAUUGAGAAACGGUUUUCAAAUUUAACACGUUGGAAAUCCAAUAAUUGGUGCGAUCCGGAUGAAAUGCAACAACCAAAACCAGUCAAGUCGAAAUCUAAGCCAAAUUUAAACAAAGUUAAAAAGGCCAAACCACCUGCGAAAAUGGCCAAAGCAAGUAGUGGGUUGCAAGCAAUGUUGCGCAACAUGCACGCUAAGAUGCGUAAAAACAAGGAAACUGAAGUCGUUGGUAAUGGAGAAACAGCCGUUGCUAAGGUGCUAACGCCAACGCGUCUACGUCAACGACGUUCACACAGUGGCACUCCAAGAAAUGGGGAUGUUGGUGCUGAACAGCGACGUAUCUCAGUGGUGGUACGUGAUCGAAAAUCUCUCUCAGCUGCUGCAACCAUUAUAAGUUUGCCGGCUAAUAGCUCACCUGCAUUUGCUGUAGGAGCACAAAGGCGUCACUCACGCAUAAAUGCAGAAUCGCCAAAGUCAGUUAAGACAUGCAGCGAUGAGUUGCACCGAAGCCUCAGUAACAUGGAGAAGGCAUUUAGCGGCUGUAACGAUUUGUUGCGCAGCACACUCUCUGGAAAUGCGCUUAAAUCACAACGUCGUAGCGGUACACCGAAUUUCAUCGAACUGCCCAUCGAAAAGGAAGCUGCAGCAAAGGUACAAACUCCCGCACGAACGCCGCCAUCUGUAACAACUUUGAACGUUGGACGUAAGUCAAUAUUGAAAACACCUGGCACUACAAAGGGUAAACCGAAGAAUGUGAUUUUCAACGAGAAGUUGCGUGUUAAAAAAUUCCAUUUUACAUGUGAGGAUUAUGACGAGUUGAGCGAUGAUGAGAAGCAGCGCAUGCAAACUAGUACUGAAGAGCCACUUGCAGAUCAACGCACUUAUUCAUUACGUACGCGUAAAGUUGUUCUCCGACCAUCAUGUGAAAUUGAAAUACCCCAAGCUUAAAACGUUUAUAAUUAAUAUCUUAUUUAUUAAUUGACUGUUCAUUAGAUAGCUGUUUAACUUCAUUUGUUUUUAUUUGUAGUGCAUCAUUUAUCUGAUGUUUACAAUAUAUUUUAUGUAAUUCUUUAAAUAAAUUUGCCACUUGGACUGUAUCCACCUAUAGAAGUAA